ACCAAAAAAAAAAAAAAAAGGCAUCCAAUCUUCCCUAGAUCUACCUGUGAGAAAUACAAUGCCCCUCUGGGCUAGUCUUCAGCUUUCAAUCAUUGUCCAAUGGCUGGAUGGGAAAAAAAUCUCAACGUCUACAUUUCUAAUUACAGGUAGAGGGUGGCCCAUUCUCUCCUAGCAGAGUCUGUGGGGCUUUUACUUUUUAACGGAAGAUUAACUGAACAAAAAAAAUACGAAAAACGAGGGCUUAAUAAAAACAGUGGCUGAGCCCCACAACUCUAGUAUUAAGCAAUCCUAACUUCAAUUUCCAGCUCUGUCACCUACUGUGUGGAAAUCUGCCAUGUACAAAACUAAUUUUUUAAACCCUGACUUUUUCAACCCUAAAAUGGGGUUAAGGCUAUCUAAUUUUUUAAAUGGUUUUAACUUUCAUUGUAAAUUACAGCAUAUUAGCUAAUCUUGAACACUAGCAUAUGGCACACCAAUUCAAUAUUUUCCUAAAUAUAUCAUUAAACUGAAAUCUUAUAGAUCCACAAUUUAGUGAGAAAACAGAACUUCUCCCAUGUGAAUAAAGAAUUUAAGAGGAAACCAAGUAAAGUUCUAAAAUGGUACAAACCUCAAAAAGCCAAUCGCUUUUGCCAAUAAGCUCCGCCUCCGUGCAAACCCAACCCUUUUCCGGCUGCCCCACCCAGCCUCUCACACUGGAGCCCCACCCCUCUCCGCGAGGUCCCGCCCCCCACACCUGAUCCUGGUUCCCAUUGGGCAAUUCUGGACGUUGUAUACACACUCGAUACACGCACGUUUGGCCAGGGCGUCUUCGCGCCUGCGCAGCAGAGCGGUUAGGCAGCUGGACACUGGGGUCUGGGGGGAGGGGGGCGGAGGUCAGGCCGAAUCUUCCUCCGUAAUAAGAAGCGACGCGUCCUGCCUCCCGCGGUCCUGGCUGGGCGGAUCAGGCCUGGGCGCUGGAGCUGCUGUGGCUCCCGCCGCGGCGGGUGCGAUGGAGGCCGUGCCGGAGCCCAGCACUCACGCCGGGGGAGGCCGAGACAGCCCGCGGUGCUAGUAGAUGAGGCGGCGGCGGCGGCGGUGGCAGCCCUGGCUCUCCAUGAGCAAGCGGCGGCGACGACGGGUGCGGCGGCACCGGCGGUUUUCGGUCCCCGGGGAGGAUGAAGACACUGUUUGAAGAGAUCAAAGCAUCAAUUAAAAAUAACUAUAACCAAGAUCGAUCAUUUUGGAGGCCUGUUCUUCCUUGGGGAGGUGUUUUUACUAUCAAAGCUGGCCGCAAAGCAGUAUCCUGUACACCACUCUAUGUUGAAAUAAGACUGAAAAAUACCUGCACCAUAGAUGGAUUCUUGAUGUUAUUGUAUGUCAUUCUUAAUGAAAAUGAAAAUUUUCCUAGGGAACUCUCUCUUCAUUUUGGUAGAGAGUUUGUAGACUGUUUUCUUUAUUUAAUGGACACCUACAGUUUUACAACUGUGAAGCUACUUUGGAUUUGGGACAAAAUGGAAAAACAGCAAUACAAAUCUGAAGUUCAUAAAGCUUCAUUAAUAAUUGAUUUGUUUGGGAAUGAGCAUGAUAACUUUACAAAAAAUCUCGAAAAUCUCAUGUCUACCAUUCAAGAGAGUUACUGUUCCAACUGGCGAUGCCCGACUCGAGUACAGGAAGAUCAGCAGCGCACAAUUAAUAUAAAUCCUCCUCAAGAAAUUCCACAUGGAAACUUGAUACGACUGGCUGUGGAUGAGUUAUUCUGUUCUAAGAUUGAACUGUGUGAAGAGCGUGGGUGUGGUGGCUUAAGAGAAUUUUCUCAGCGAGUUUUCUGCCAUGGCGCACCCCCUUUUGUUGUCCUAAAUAUGCAACAUUGGAAAUCUGAAGAUCUGGCAUAUGUACCCUAUUAUUUGGAUUUAUCUGAUCACAAGUAUUUGUUGGAAGGUGCCACAUUAUUUAAUAAAGAAGAACACCAUUAUUCUGCAGCUUUCCAGAUUGAUGGACAUUGGAUGCACUAUGAUGGCCUCAGAAAUGUGAAUUUAAUUUUGUUAAAUAAACCCCCAGAGUUUCUCCUCUUGUCAUCAUUGGUUUAUAUUCGAGCAACAGAGAAAUAAAUAUAGACUGAUGCUAAAUUAAAUUGUUUUCCCGCCUGCCCAUGCUCCCCUAGAUGAAGGGCUUUUAUUUUGUGUAUACUUGGUAUCCAAGGAAAUAGUUCAACUAUACUAGUUUCAGAGGUGUAUUUUCCAGUGUUUAACCCAGGUAAAUGUUUUAUAUUCAAGAUCUAUGCAAAAAUGUUUAUAUUUCUUUUUUAUAUUUCCUGGGUUAUUUUUAUACAAUCAUAUUUUAUGUUUAAAUAAAAUAUAUAUCUUGUG